CUAGAUGUCAUGUGUGUGUGCAUCUGUCACUGCACAAAGCAAGUGUCGAGUGUGCACACAACUGUGUGAGGACCAAGUACUCUACUGUUGCAAGUGUGUGUGCAUGUAGUCCCCCCCUCCCUACUAGCCCCAUAUAUGCUUAUGCUUAUGCAAAUGCCGUGCACACAAACACAUCUAUCCCAUCUAUUUCCUUGGUUGGCCUCUGCCUCUUUAUAUGAGCAUACUUUUCCUCCCUGCAGCCUUUUGCUACAGCACACUCACUGCGCACACAGGAGAGAGAGGAGAGAGAGCCCUUGGAGAGAGGAGAGAGAGAGAGCUCAGGCUCAGAGAGAGAUAAAUUGCUCCAUUGCAAAUCCAAAAGUUGAGCCCUGAGUAGAGUACCUCGCCGCGGGCAGGCAUCUUGUCUUGUUGCUCUUUCCUUGAUCCGUCCAUGGCGCUUUUGCAGCUGCAGGGCCCUCCCCUCCCCUCCAGCUAUAUCGUUUAGCGCAUGAAUGCUCCUUCUGCACCUCCCUCGCCAUAGCUCGCAGCAGCAGCAGCAUCACCUAGCUCGCGAGUAUUAGAUCAACAGUGCAGUGAAAGUGUGUGUAGCGCCAGCCACCCCCCACCGGCCGGCACUCAUCACCUCCAUCAGACCUGUAGCCUUGCCUCGCAUUUAAUCACGGUUUUAUAUUUACAAGAUGGAUCAUAGCUUCAGCGACAUGAUCUUGAGCGAGAGCGCGUGGAGCGGCGGCGGCGGCGACGGAGGGGCGGUCUUGCUGCCACCGGAGGUGGGCGUCGUCGAGGGGGGAAGCAUGACGGUGCUGGAGAGGCUGGUGCUCGACGAGGCCCUGGCGGCGGCGAUCCUGGAGCUGCAGGGCAUCCAGGUGCCCGCCGCCUGCGCCGGCAAGGUGCCGGCGGCGGCCGGUGGCGGCGUGGUUGGGGAGACCGUCGCCUUCGCCGCGAUGGCGACGCCAACGCCCGCCUACGCGGACGUUGACGCGGAUGUCCUGCAGCGACAGCAGCAUCGCCAUCGCCAUCACGGCGCGAUGGGGAUGCCUCCCGACUACGACCUCACACCAGCAACAGCCGCUGUCGCGGUAACUACUGUGCCGGCCGCGUUCGCGAACGCCGCAGCGGCGGUUGACAGCAACGGCGGCGGCCUCGUCGAUGGGCCGGUCUUCUCCAGCAACGACACCGACGCGCCAGCGGUGGCGGCCAUGACGGCGACGACAAGCCAGCAGCAGUGUGAAGAAGGAAAAGGCGGUGGACGGAGGCAGCGCCGGCCCAACAGGAAGCGCAAGGCCGCCGCCGAUCCGUCCUCUGUGCCGGCACAGGAGAGCACCCUGUGCAGCCUCCUGGCGUCGUCGACCACCGCGAGCGAGGGCGGCAUCCAGAUCGCCUUCAACACGAGCGGCGGCGCUCAGGCCAAGAGGGCGAAGCCUUCACUGAGCGGCAGCGGGUCGUCGAGCAUCAGCUUCGACGGCAGGGGCGGCGCCGGCGGGGCCAGCGGCGGCGCGGACGACCCCAUGUACGAGCCGGACACGGAGGCGCUGGCGCAGGUGAAAGAGAUGAUCUACCGCGCGGCGGCGAUGCGCCCCGUCUCCCUCGGCUCCGAGGACGCCGGCGAGCGGCCGCGCCGGCGCAACGUGCGCAUCUCCUCCGACCCGCAGACGGUGGCGGCGCGGCAGCGGCGGGAGCGCAUCAGCGAGCGCCUCCGUGUGCUGCAGAAGCUCGUCCCCGGCGGCGCCAAGAUGGACACCGCCUCCAUGCUGGACGAGGCGGCCAAUUACCUCCGAUUCCUCAAGUCCCAGGUCCGGGAGCUGCAAACCCUAGACCGCCGGAACUAUGCCGCGAACGCCAGCAACGUGAACAUCACCGCAGCGGCGGCGCCGCCACCAUGGCUGGGUCACUGAGAGCUUCAACAAUGGCAACGGCGGUGCCAUGCCGAAACCCUACGAUCGAGCAAGCAACUGAUUUAGUCAUUUAGUUGGAUGGUGCAUGGUAGAUUUGUAACACGCAUGCAUGUUGUUGUUAACACUUUUUAUGCCUGUCCAAUGUGCAUGAGACCAUCUUAUGAUGUAUGUAUUCAUCAUCAUUGUUAGCUCAAAGAGACAAAGACUAGGGAGAUGAUGAUCAUAUCGAUGAUGGGAUCUAUCAACAAGGAUGCAAAUUGGCUUAAUUAGUUAAUUAUUAGCCUCUGUUUCUUUUC